AAAGCUGCUCCCUCCUGACUAGUGCAUGCAGCAAACUGAAGCUGCACCAUUCUUCCAUGCACACUCCCAUGGCGAGCUCCACUGGUCGCCUGGCCAUUUCAGUUUUGCUAGCGUGCUCCUUCCUUCUCCCUCUUACCCAUGCAAGGCUUCUCCUCGCCGACGACACCACCAACACCGUCGUCAACGAGAGCAAAUCCUUUUCCAUCAGGGCCGGCAGCGGGGAGGGUGGCGGCCGCGGUUUCGGCGUGAGCAUCGACCACGGCGGGCACGACACGUCGAUUGGCAUCGGCGGUGGGUUCGGAGGCGGGGCCGGCACUGCCCGCGGCGGCGGCGCGAGCGUGGGAGGCGGAGCCGGCGCUGGCGUCGGCAUCAACGUAGGACACGGCGGGGUUGAUGUUGGCAUCGGCGCGGGCGGUGGCGGUGCGGUCGGCGCGGGCGGUGGCGGUGCGGUCAGCGCCGGCGGCGUGCAUGCCGGAGGCGGCGGCGGCGGCGGUGUCGGUGUUCACAUAGGCCGUGGUGGAGUGAGUGUUGGCACGGGUGGUGGUGGUGGCGGCGGCGGCGGAGGUGCGGGUGGGGGAAACGACGGCGGUGGUUCCGGUGGUGGCAGUGGCGUUGGACGCUCCGGCAACGCGGUCGGGAGCGGCGGAGGGUACGGGAACGCGAAUGGUAGUAGCGGAGGUGGAGCGGGCAGUGGAGUUGGGUCAGCCGGCGGAGCUGUUGGCGGCGGCUCUGGAGGUGGCGGUGGCCAAGGUUGAAGAAGAGUAUCUUAUUAACUCAACAAGACAAGUCAUGACUCAUGAGUAGUGAAACUGGUUACUGAUUAUAUAUAGUAUACUAUAUCUAAGAUCGACGUGUAUAUUGAGAGAUGAAAUUUAUAUUCUGUUUGUGUUUGGCGCAUCCUCAAAUUUCUCCCGUUGUGCAUCUAGUAUAUAUGUGUUGGUAAGCUUAGCAUCUUCUGCAAAGUGCUUAGUAACAAUUGUAGUAUAUCUGCACGGUAUAUAUAUUGAUGAAUGGAUGGAUGAAACAUGUAUGGUGUAUCAUUGGUA